GCGCCGAACGGCACUGCUCCUGCUUCCCGGACCGGCUAGACAGGGCUCUGCGAGGGACGCUGUGCCAAAGGUCCGGCCAGAGACGCAGCCCCCACCCACGAAGGCGCCGGCAGCUGGGAGGUCGUCUCCUCCCGGGCCGCGCAGAACCUCGAUCCCCGCCCCCCAGGCUUCCUGACAGCCUCUCCGGACCUCCCUCCGAGGCUCCACGGGCUUUCCGCUUUUAAGGCUCAAGCCUCCCUUCUCCUACCCUUCCUUUUAAGCACUUGUCAGCGGGAAUCCGAAUUCCAGCCUUGCCGGGGGUGGGCCUUCCUGCUCUUCCUUCCGGGGCUGUGCGCGGGGCAGGCCUGGGAAAGGUGGAAACCACUUGGGCUGCCCCUCAGCAAUCACUGGCACCAGCCCCAGUGGAGUCCUAGGAAGCAGAUGGGGGCCUGAGGAGGGGAGGGGAGGAAGAGCUCAGCCAAGAAACCAGAAAUGCUAGGUUCAGGGGCCUGAUAAGACUGGCUACCUGGGGUGAGACCUGUGGCGGCCUCCAUCUUUCAGUCUCAGGCAGUGUCUGGAAGGGCAGGACUGGAUACCAUGGUAGACCCCAUGACCACCCGGCUUCCUUACACCCUGAAGUUGUGUGGCUGUAUUCCGGUGUUGGUGGCUUCAGGCUAAGCCAGUGGAUUGUGCUCACUUGUGCAGGAGCAGUGGGCAUCAGGGGCUGGGGGGCAUCCUGGGGCCUUUCUGAGGCCCUGGCUCCUGCAGGGUCAUGGGAACUCACCCAGGCUGAGGGAAGACUCCAGGUCAUCCCUUACUGGAGAAACAGCCCAAAUUUCUCCCUUUUCCCUCCUGCAUGCCCCCUGUCUUUCUCCCUUCUCCUCUCCUGACACCUGUCAGGGUCCUGAGUCUGCUUGUCCUCGAUGUGAACAGAAACUGAGGCCUCCUUUCCCUUUGCACCACCCUCUUGUUUGUUCAGUGUUGGGGGAAAGAUCUCUUUUGGCUGUUCUUUGGGCUCUAACAGGGAAAAAACAUCAGAUGGGGUCCUGCCAUUAGCUGGAGGGGUGACUUAAAAUGAAACCAAACAGCUUUCAAGCGAUCACCAGGGCCCGGGCCUGGGCGAAGGGCUUUGUGACAUUGUCUCAGGUGUUUGCUUCCCACAGCCCUGUAAGAGAAACAUCUUUGGCCUAUUUUAUGGAGCAGGAAGCCAAGGCACAGAAUGGUCAAGCCACCUGUCUGAGUGACAAGGUGCCGGGACCCUAACGCCAGAGCCUGUUCAGGUGACUGCCUGGCAGGUACACUGCCUCUACCUGCAGCCAGAGGCAGUUGCAUUUCCUGGGUGCUCCAGGGCAGAAAUGUGUGGAGGCAAACAGCUGGCCCUGUUUGGUGGUGCUUUAAGGAGAAGUUUGCUUUUACUUGGCAGCCUUCUGCAUCCGGAGGGACAGCAUUAACCCCUGUGGCAGGAGGGCUGGAGCUGCUUGUUGUUUCCCUGUUAUCAUAACAAAACCGGAAGAGAUUGCAUGGUGCCUUCUUGCAAGAGCCAGUAAUACUCACACACUCCCUGCAGCAUUUCUGGAAGGGUGGCCUAGGGGUCAUCAAGUGCGUGGCCAGAACCAAUUCAGGGAUUGGUAGUUUACUUGGUGGUGGUACAUUCGAGACCAGCUGUUGGAUUCAGCUCUCUGUCCCACAACCGGGGUCUGGGGUGCACAUGGGCUGAAUUUUGAGUUGGGGGCUGAAUCACCUGCUGCUCACCUGGGUCCUGGGCCUGGGUCCUUGGCUUUUCUACCCUGGAGGAAUUGUCUAGGAAUGAGAUGACGAAUGGAGAGCUCUGGAAGGCAGGGCUAAGUGCUAGGCCUUCACAUAUGCAUACACAGCAAAUGUGGGAUGUAGAGUCCUGUGGAGGGGAGGAGCAGAGGUGUAAGCCAGGCAUGGCACCUGUGACCUCAGGGCCUACUUGCUGGUCUGGCCCCUGCCCGACACCAUCAGCCUUUUGCCCCCUGAGCCAGCUCCCCUGGUCACUGUCAGGUGAGUCCCCUCUUUCCCUCCUCCCCCUCCUCAGCCUGGCAGGCCAUGCUGUGGUGGGUGAGUCCCAGCUGCCCUCCCAGGGUGUGCCUGUGCAGGAAGAUGCAGCAGGGCUGGCCUGGAGGGAUGGCCAUGUCUCAGCAGCAUCUGGACUUCACAUGUGUUCCAUGCGGGGACAGGCUACCUCUGGGCUGGAGGGUCUCAGAGAGACAGCAAGCCCCCAGAGCUGUGCCCCACCAGUGUGCCUCACCUGGAGGAGGCAGAUGGGACAGGCCUCUGUCUGGGGAGACCUAAAGCUCCCUCUCCAGCUGGCAGUUUGUGCUGGCUGAUAUCACACUUUGUAAAAGUUCUUAUCACACUUUGUAAAAUCACCCCUGGGAGCCUGUUUGUCAAGAGGAAAAUGACUCAGAGGUGUGACUGGUGUGGAGGAUGAGGGGCCCAGGUACAUCCUCCAGGGGGCCCCUGCUGUCCUAGAGCUGAGGUAGAGCAGCCUUGGCCAGGGCAGCACCACCCCUUGUGCCACUGCACCACCACCCAUCAGGGACAAGGCUCCCUCUGUGAGCAUUUUAUGGGGAUGAGGUUUUCUCUCCACUUCCCUCGUCAGGCCUUCCUUGUUUGGUCUGUGCUCCUUUUCCCUGGUUCUAGCCCUCGGCAGACCUUGGGAAGCCUUUGGGCACAGCUGCCCUCUGGCUGGCUGUGUGACUCUGACCCAGAGUCCACAGCCCCACUUUGGUGGGGAGGUGCUCCAGGGGCCAUAGGGCCCCACUGGAGAAGAGGGGGAGCAGGCAAGAAAUGAGCGGUGGGCCUGAGGCAGCUUGGGAGGUGGCCAGAGUCAGCGCCAACUGAGAACCUCUCCAAGGGACACAUCCACAGGCCUGUCUGGGAGGUAGGCGCAAUGACUGACCCCCCUUUCCUGGAGCUGUGGCAGUCCAAGGCUGUGUCCAUCCGUGAGCGGCUGGGCAUUGGGGACCGGCCCAACGACUCCUACUGCUACAGCUCGGCCAGAAACAGCACCGUGCUGCAGGGAGUCACCUUUGGUGGCAUCCCUACUGUCCUGCUCAUAGAUGUCAUUUGCUUCCUGGUGAGACACCUUAUUUUAGUAUUGGUGUUUUCCUUCAUAAGAAGAAGAUUCUGGGAUUACGGCUGUAUUGCCCUGGUGUCAGAAGCUGAUUGUGAGUCCAGAUUCCAGAGAUUGUCAUCAUCUUCCUCCUCAGGCCUAUGUGACUUUGAAAGCGAGCUGGGAUGCUGCCCCUGGCUGACUGCUAUCUUCCACCUGCAUGAUGACCAGAUCCUGGAGUGGUGUGGGGAGGACGCCAUUCAUUACCUGUCCUUCCAGAGACAUAUCAUCUUCCUGCUGGUGGUGGUCAGCUGCUUGUCCUUGUGCAUCAUCCUGCCCGUCAACCUCUCAGGCAACUUGCUGGACAAAGACCCUUAUAGCUUCGGGAGGACGACGAUAGCAAACCUACAGACUGACAAUGACCUCCUUUGGCUGCACACCAUCUUCGCUGUUGUCUAUCUCAUCCUCACUGUGGGCUUCAUGCGACACCACACCCAGUCCGUCAAGUACAAAGAAGAGAACCUGGUGAGGCGGACACUAUUCAUUACUGGACUCCCGAGAAAUGCCCAGAAGGAGACUGUGGAGAGCCACUUCCGGGACGCGUAUCCCACAUGUGAAGUGCAGGAUGCCCAGCUGUGCUACAACGUGGCCAAGCUGAUGAACCUGUGCAAGGAGAGAAGACAGAUUGAGAAGAGCCUGACCUAUUACACACAUCUGCAGGUGAAGACGGGCCAGCGGACCCUCAUCAAUCCCAAGUCCUGUGGCCAGUUCUGCUGCUGCGAAGUGCCAGGGUGUGAGAGGGAAGACACCAUCUCUUACUACACACGCAUGAAGGACAGGCUGAUGGAGAAGAUUGCAGAGGAGGAACGCAGGGUCCAGGACCAGCCCCUGGGGAUGGCCUUUGUCACCUUCCAGGAGAAGUCCAUGGCCACCUACAUCCUGAAAGACUUCAAUGCCUGCAAGUGUCAGGGCCUCUGCUGCAAGGGUGAGCCCCAGCCGUCUUCCUGCAGCAGAGAGCUCCGCACCUCCAAAUGGACCGUCAACGUUGCUGCUUACCCUGAGGACAUCUGCUGGAAGAACCUCUCUACCCAGGGUUUCCGCUGGUGGUUCCAGUGGCUGGGCAUCAACUUCACUGUCUUCCUGGGGCUGUUUUUCCUGACCACCCCCUCCAUCAUCCUGUCCACCAUGGACAAGUUCAAUGUCACCAAACCCAUCCAUGCACUGAAUGACCCAGUCAUCAGCCAGUUCUUUCCGACACUCCUGCUGUGGUCCUUCUCUGCCCUGCUCCCUACCAUCGUCUACUACUCCACACUGCUGGAGUCUCACUGGACCAAGUCAGGGGAAAACCGGACCAUGAUGACCAAGGUCUACAUAUUCUUGAUCUUCAUGGUGCUGAUCCUGCCCUCCCUGGGUCUCACCAGUUUGGAUUUUUUCUUCCGGUGGCUCUUUGACAAAACUUCCUCAGAGACCUCUAUCAGGCUGGACCUUCGCACUCUGCGGAAGAGGCGCUCCCAGCUCUCAGCCCACCCGCUCCCCAGGUGCGUCUUCCUGCCAGACCAGGGUGCCUUCUUCGUGAACUACAUCAUUGCUUCGGCCUUCAUCGGCAAUGGCAUGGAGCUGCUGCGGCUGCCCGGCCUCAUCCUCUACACCUUCCGCAUGAUCGUGGCCAAGACAGCAGCUGACCGCAGGCAUGUCAAGCAGAACCAGGCCUUCGAGUAUGAGUUUGGAGCCAUGUAUGCAUGGACACUGUGUGUCUUCAGCGUCAUCAUGGCCUACAGCAUCACCUGCCCCAUCAUCGCGCCAUUCGGCCUCAUCUACAUCCUGCUCAAGCACAUGGUGGACCGGCACAACCUCUACUUUGUCUACCUCCCGGCCAAGCUGGAGAAGGGGAUCCACUUUGCAGCUGUGCACCAGGCCUUGGCCGCUCCCAUCCUGUGCCUCUUUUGGCUUUUCUUCUUCUCUUUCCUGCGACUGGGUUUGAAGGCCCCUGCCACGCUGUUCACCUUCCUGGUUGUGCUGCUUACCAUCCUGUUCUGUGUGGCCUACACCUGCUUUAGCUGCUUCAGGCACCUGUGCCCUCUGAACUAUAAGACAGAGGAAUCAGCAAAUGACAAAGGAAGUGAGGCAGAGGCCCGUGAGCCUCCACCCUUCACGCCCUACGUGCCCCGGAUUUUAAACAGCUUGUCCUCGGAGAGAACAGCUCUAUCCCCGCAGCAGCAGACCUACGGUGCCAUCCACGACAUCAGUGGGGCUGUCCUGGGGCAGGGCCUGGCCCAGACCCCUGCAGACAGUGAAGCCUACCAGGAGGUCUGAGGGCGGUGAGGCUAGGACCAGAGGAGACACAGGUGGAGAAGAAGCUUGAUUUUGACCUCUGUCAAGUUCAGGACUUUCCAUCUAUGUUAAGCACAACUGCUCCGAAAAGAUGGAACCAGAGAAGCGAUACAGCCCUUGGCUGAGAUUGGUGGGGGAGAAGGACUUCCAUCAGGGGGUGGUCUUUUCCAGUCACAACAGCAGUGAUGGGAGCAGGGGCAGCUCUGGCUCCUACUUGCAUAUUUCCAAUUCCCUCUCCUGCUCAGGCAUCUAGCUCUGUGGUUGGCAUGAAGUUCCCAGUGACUUUUAGCAAGACCAGGUGUUGGAACAGUGCCCCUGCACACCUAUAAGGAGGGGAAGACCUCCCUUCUCCUGAGCCCCAAGUGUGGCCCAGCCCUCUCUAGGAACACAUGGCUAACCUAAGAUGGGCCCCAGAUGGGGUCCAGGUUCAUUCCAGUGCCCCUGCCCCAAAUUAAGCCGUUCACCCUGCACUCCCCCACCCACCGCCCCAGGAUUGAGCUUGGGGGGACAGGAAGCAGCAACUGCACACACCCCUCCACAUCCUCACUGGUUGUUCCUGUAUCAUGUUUCCAAUGACACUUGGCUGGGUCAGGGUCACCCUGCAGUAGGCAGGGGCCGUGAGGACCACUAAUAAAGUGCCCAUUCAUCCAGA